AAUCCAUCAAGGGACAAGUUACACAGAAGCUACAAUGAAGAACUCAUUUCUUACAUUGAGCUUUGCUAUUCUCCUGACAAUCUUAAUCUACGAUUGUCAUGGAUUGCCCACUUAUCAUCGUCAAAAACGCGAUUCAAAUUUAUCCACGGAAUUGAAAGAAUUGCACGAAAAAGUUCAAAGUUUGAAUGGCACACAAAAUGCAACACUACGAGAGUCUAUUUUGGAAAGUUUGAGUUUGAUACUAGAAAAGAAUCCCGAACUUAACAAGAGAUUGGGAUAUCCUGUUCUGGAGAGAAUGCGACGGAAGAUUAAAGAAGACUCGUGUUUUUGCCUUGAGCAACCCCUGACACCAGAACAACGAAAAGAUCUUCAAAAAAUAAUAGAAGGAAUUGAUCAAUAUAGCAAAAAAUAUGCUCCUAAAACUGAAGAACCAGAUACGGAUGAAGAUGAUGAUGAUGACGUUCCAUCAAAACGGAAAGGAAAUAAGGGUAAAAAGGGAAAACGUCCACUUCAGGACAAUCAACAUCGUAAACCUAAACCUGGAGAUGAUGACGAUGAUGAUGAAGAUGAUGAUUACAUUUCACCAACGAAAGGAAAUAAGAGUAAAAAGGGAAAACAUCCACUUCAGAGUGAUAAACAAGAUAUACCUAAAGCUGAAGAUGAUGAUGAUGAUGAUGAUGAUUAUGAUGAACCUAAUAAGCCAGACAAGAAGAAACCUUCAGGUAAUGCUCCUGAGGAUGAAGAUGAUGAAGAUGCUGAGAUACCUGAUAAGCAUAAACCAGGCAAGAAGAAACCUUCAGGAAAUGCUCCUAAUGACGAAGAUGAUGACGAUGGUCAACUAGGAAAACCAGGCAGGAGAAAACCUUCAGGUAAUACUCCUGAUGAUGACGAUGGUCAACUAGGAAAACCAGGCAGGAGGAAACCUUCAGGUAAUACUCCUGAUGAUGAAGAUGGUCAACUAGGAAAGCCAGGCAGAAAGAAACCUAAAACUGGUACUCCUGAUGAAGAUUGUACAUGGUUAGAAAAUCUCGAAGAAUUCAUCACCGACAUUAUAGAAGAUCCAUCAAAAUUGAAAUCAGGCAUUUGCAAAUAUUUCUGUAGCGAAAAACCAAGAGGUAAAAAUAAACGUGAAUACAAUGCUACAGAAAUCGCAACUGACGAAGAAAUGGAAAAAUCACCUGAAUUCGACACAGAAUCACCUCCACCAGCACUAGUGAAAAUUGACGAUAAUUCGAAAAUUAAACGUGAACACAAACAUCACGAAUUAGAUGAUAUAAAUUCAGAAAUAACCACAAUUUCAUCAUCAAUUUCCCAAGACGAGACUGUUACUAAAAAUUUGCCAAUUUUUCCAAUUAUCGAAGGUAUCGAAGGUACAACAAAUAUUGCCACUCAACAGAAUGACGAACAAACCAAAGAAAAUGACAAAAGUGAAAAUAAAAAUAGAGAACAAACAACAAACAAUGAUGAAUUUCGACCAUAUAAAAUUUGAAAAUUAUACGAAUGAAUUCAAUUCAAUUCGUACGUCUAAUAUUUUAGGUUCUAUUUGUAGAAUUUUUAUUAUUAGUACUACUAUCAUUAUUAUGACUAUUUUGCUACUACCCAUUGUUGUAUUGUUACUAACAUUUCGAGUACGUCAAAGAUUUAAUUAUUUUGUUAGAUUACUUUCUUUUUAAAUAAUCCACCAAAUGUUUACUAACUGUUGUGUGUACAAAUAUUAAAUAAAAAUUGUAAAUUAUCACAAUUCUAACAAAAUCAUUGUAAUUAAUUAUAUUAUUUCCUUUAUUGAAUGUUUUAAUAAAGAAAUUAUUAUUAUUAUAAAAUUAUUCCAACUUCAACGAAAUCUUUGUACUUCAUUGUAUUAUUUCCUACUUGAAAUAUUUUAAUAAAUAAAUUAUUAUUAAAA